AAAAGUUUUUUUCCCCCGUCUUCUUAUCUGAUUUAACUUAAUAACGAAAAGAUAACAUGCUGUUGAGUUUUCUGUUUUUCAGUUCACGUAUCUUUUCAUCCUAUGUGAAAAACCACGAUCUUGCAUAUUUAGGAGAGUUUUCUUUGUAUUCUGUUUCCAACUUCCAGUUAGCCUUCUGGCUAAAUGUGUUAUAUUAAAUCCUUGUGGUCUUUUUUCCAGAUUAUUUUAUAUUAAAUAUUUCCUAUUCUGAGUACUUAGAUGUAGGCUGACACAUCAGUGCAGCAGUGAGGGAGUGCUCUGUUGUGAGAGCUGCUAUCUUGUGGAUGAUUUUUUAAUUUGAGGGCCAGUCUGCUUGUUCAGGUAUAUCAUAAAUUUCCCAAGAUGCCUUCACACGGUAAACUUAUGGUACCCGAAGGUUUGAAAUCCCUGCUAGAGGCAUUAGGCAGAGCAGUUGUCCAAGAUCAGCCAGAAAAUAUCCACCAGUUUGCCUCAGCAUAUUUCACAGAUUUGCAGAAAUUUAGAGAUGGAAAUCCAACUCUUGAUAUAUGUGACCUAGUGAAAAUGUUCCAUUUGAGCAGAGCUAUAAAUAUUGAUGGAAAGGCACACCGAACAACCUCCGAUGAUCAAAAUUUAAAAUCACUAGCUAAGGACCCUUCACUUUUUAAUCAGGAAAUUUUGUCCAAAAUCUUUUGUGAGAAAACCCCUGAUACUCGUCAUGAUGCUGCACCUUGUCCAACUGUGCCUGUAAUUAAGGAUCCUUGUGCACAGCAGGAAGCUCCAGCUGAAGCUGCAUCCGGUCCACAUGAGAAUUUCUCUAGGGCACCAUAUGUUCGUCAUGAAGCUGUACCUCUUCCAUAUGAUCCUAUGAUUAGAGCACCAUAUGUUCGCCAUGAAGCUGUACCUGUUCCAUAUGAGCCUUUGGUUAGGGCUCCAUAUUAUCAAGAAAUCAUUCCUGCUCCAUAUGAUCCCUACGUUAGGGCUCCAUAUUAUAAUCAAGAAGGCAUACCUGGCCCAUUUGAGCCCGUGAUUGUGGCUCCAGCUAUUCGUACAGAUGGUGUUCCUAUUCCAUAUGAAACAGUGAUUAUGGCACAACCUGUUCGUCAAGCACCAGUUCCUCUUGCAUAUAGUUCACCUGUUCGUCAAGAAGGUGUACGCUCUGGAUAUGAUGCAAAACCAGCACCUGUUUAUCAGGGAAAUGUACAUGCUUCAACUGAAGCCAAGACCGUAGCUGAAUCUUCUUUACGUGAAAAUGUGUGUUCACCUACUCAUACAGAACCAAUGUCUGCUAGUUAUGGAAGUAAAACCUCAGAGGUCUGUCAGGAAACAGUACAAACUGUGUUACCACCUGCUUCUCAAGAGCAGUAUGAAAGGAGGUCUCCAUCAUUUUACCAACAACCAAUGGCACCUGCUCCUCCAGAAAAUCAGUAUGAAAGGAAGUCCCCAACUGUUUACCAACAAACAACGGCACCUCAAUAUCAGGCUCCGCCUAUUUAUUCACAACCUAUACCAUCUCCAUUUGAGUCUAAGAGUGCAACUUACUAUCAACAAGGGGUACCACCUCAAUAUUCAAAUGUGGCACCAGUUGUUUACCAGCCCAUAUCACCUCAAUAUAAUUCUAGGUCCCCUCCUGUUUAUCAGUUAGCUCCAGGAGAGACUUUAGUGUGUACAUCCGUUCCACAAGAAAGUGUGAGACUUCCAACACCUACACCAUUUGAUGGAUUAAAGAAAAGCCACUCUGCAAAUGCUGCAAGUGGUAAGAUCAUAUCUGUGUGUGAAGAACAUUCAUGUGAUCAGUGUAAGAAACCAUCUUCGUGUCAACAGUUAGCAACUGCUCCAAGUAGUGAGAUUUCAUCUGUUUGUCAAGAACAUUCAUGUGAUCAAUGUAAGAACAAGUCAUCUGCACCAUGUGGCGAUGUCUCAGUUUGUGAAGAACAUUCAUGUGAUCAAUGUAAGAAGAAGUCAUCUUCUCGUCAAAUGUUAAUGUCUGCUCCAAGUGGUGAUGUCUCAAGUGUUUGUGAAGACCAUUCAUGUGACCAGUGUAAGAAGAAAUCAUCUGCACCAUGUGGCGACGUUUCAAAUGUUUGCGAAGACCAUUCAUGUGAUCUAUGUAAGAAGCCUUCAGCUGAUCCAUGUGGUGACGCUGCGAAUGUUUGCGAAGACCAUUCAUGUGAUGUAUGUAAGAAGUCUUCAGCUGAUCCAUGUGGUGAUGCUACGAAUGUUUGCGAAGACCAUUCAUGUGAUCUAUGUAAGAAGCCUUCAGCUGAUCCAUGUGGUGACGCUUCAAAUGUUUGCGAAGACCAUUCAUGUGAUCUAUGUAAGAAGCCUUCAUCUGCUCCAUGUGGCGAUGCUGCGACUGUUUGUGAAGAACAUUCUUGUGAUCAAUGUAAGAAACCUUCAUCGGCACAAAGUGGCAAUAUCUCAGUUGUUUGUGAAGAACAUUCAUGUGACCAAUGUAAGAAGCAGUCAUCAUCUGCUCCAAGUUCUGAUGCUUUAUCUACUUGUGAAGAGCAUUCGUGUGACGUAUGUAAGAAGAAAUCAUCAACCUGUCAGUUGUCAUCAUCUGCUCCGAGUGGUGAUGGCUCACCUGUUUGUGGAGAAAUUACAUGUGGUCAGUGUAAGAAACAGUCAUCUACCUGUCAACAAUCAUCUUGUCCUCCAAGUGGUGAAGUCUCACCUGUUUGUGGAGAACAUUCAUGUGAUCAAUGUAAGAAACAGUCGUCCACCUGUCAACAGUUUUCUUCAGCUUCCACGGGCGAUCCUUCAUCUGUUUGUGAAAUGCACUCAUGUGAUCAAUGUAAAAAAAAAUCACCUACCAGUCAACAAAAUUCUUUGGCCCCAAGUGGUGGUGUCUCACCUGUUUGUGGAGAACAUUCAUGUGAUCAAUGUAAGAAACAGUCAUCAACCUGUCAAGCAUCAUUUUCUGCUCCAAGUGGUGAUGUCUCAUCUGGUUGUCAAGAUGAAUCAUGUAGUCAAUGUAAAAAGAAGUCAUCUACCUGUCUGGUGUUGUUUUCUGCUUCAGGGGGUGAUGACUCAUCUGGUUGUCAAGAACAUUCAUGUGAUCAAUGUAGCAGGACAUCAUCAACCUGUCAACAGGCUUCAUCUGCACCAAGUGGUGAUCCCUCAUCUAGUUGUCAAAAUUCUUCAUGUGGUCAAUGUAAAAAGAAGUCUUCAACCUGUCAACAGACUUCAUCUGCACCAAGUGGUGAUCCCUCAUCUAGUUGUCAAAAUUCUUCAUGUGGUCAAUGUAAGACAAAGUCCUCAACCUGUCAACAGGCUUCACCUGCUCAGAGUGGUGACACUGUAUCUGGUUGUCAAGAUCCCUCAUGUGGUCAGUGCAAGAAUGUGUCAACUAAACAUCAAGAGACCUCAUCCAGUUGUCAAGCCAAUUCAUGUGAUCAAUGCAGAAAGGUAUCCUCUACUCAUCAGGAUUGUUCAUCUGGCCCAAGUACCUCAUCUAGUUGUGAAACUCAUUCAUGUGAUCAAUGCAAGAAGAUUUCAUCUACUCAUCAAGAUUAUUCAUCUGGUUUGAGCACCAAUGCCUCAUCUGGUUGUCAAGACCUUGGAUGUGAUUCAUGUAGAAAAGUUUCCUCUACUCAUGAAGAUUAUUCAUCUGCUCUAAGCACCAAUGCCUCAUCUGGUUGUCAAGACCAUGCAUGUGAUGCAUGCAAUAAGGUGUCAUCUACUCAUGAAGAUUAUUCAUCUGGUUUAAGUACCAAUGCCUCAUCUGGCUGUCAAAGUCAUGCAUGUGAUGAUUGUAGAAAGGUGUCAUCCACCCAUCAGGAUUAUUCGAGUGGUCUCAGUGCCAAUGCUUCAUCUGGUUGUCAAGACCAUGCAUGUGAUGCAUGUAAUAAGGUGUCAUCUACUCAUCAAGAAUAUUCAUCGAAUCUAAGUACCAAUGCUUCAUCUAGUUGUCAAGAUCAUGCAUGUGAUCAAUGUAAUCGGGUGUCAUCUACGCAUCAAGAACAUUCAAGUGCUCCAAGUACCAGUGCCUCAUCUGGAGGUUGUCAAGGACAUUCAUGUGAACAGUGUAAGCCGGUGUCAUCUACUCAUCAAGAGUAUUCAAGUGCUGCAAGUACCAAUGCCUCAUCUGGUUGUCAAGAUCAUGCAUGUAAUCAAUGUAAUAAGGUGUCAUCUACUCAUCAAGAUUAUUCAAAUGCUACAAGUGGCAAUUCCUCAUCUGGUUGUCAAGAUCAUGCAUGUGAUCAAUGUAAUAAGGUGUCAUCUACUCAUCAAGACUAUUCAUCUGCUGCAAGUGGCAAUGCCUCAUCUAGUUGUCAAGAACAUUCAUGUGAUCAAUGUAAGAAGACGUCAUCUACUCGUCAAGAUUAUUCAACUAACUUGAGUACCACUGCCUCAUCUGGUUGUCAAGAUCAUGCAUGUGAUCAAUGUAAUAAAGUAUCAUCUGGUCAAGGUUAUUCUUCCACUAAAAGUACCAGUGCUUCAUCUAGUCGUCAAGAUCCUUCAUGUGGUCAAUGUAAAACACCAUCUACUUGUCAGGAUAAUUCAACUGCGCCAAGUGGUAAGACUUCAACUAGUUGUCAAGAUCCUUCAUGUGGUCAAUGUAAGAAAACAUCAUCUACUCGUCAAGAUAAUUCGACUGCUCCAAGUGGCAAUGCUUCAUCUAGUUGUCAAGAUCCUUCAUGCGGUCAAUGUAAGAAAACAUCAUCUACUCGUCAGGAUAAUUCAACUGCUCCAAGUGGUAAGACUUCAACUAGUUGUCAAGAUUCUUCAUGUAGUCAAUGUAAGAAAACAUCAUCUACUCGUCAAGAUAAUUCGACUGCUCCAAGUGGCAAUGCUUCAUCUGGUUGUCAAGAUCCUUCAUGUGGUCAGUGUAAAACCUCAUCUACUGACCAGGAUAAAUCAACUGCUCCAAGUGGUAAGACUUCAUCUAGUUGUCAAGAUCCUUCAUGUGGUCAAUGUAAGAAGGCAUCAGCUACUUUAAAAAGCAAUGUCUCAUCCACUGGUCAAGAAUGUUCAUGUGACCUCUGUAAAAAAGACUCAUCUCAGCAAGAAUUUAAUCCAUGUCCCGUCUGUAGUGAGUGUUCCCAAAAACCCUCUCAACCGGACUCAAGAAGUCCCCAAGAUCCUACACUGCAGUGUUUGUAUAAAGCCCCAUCAUCUGCAUAUGGUGCAUCUACUGAUCCUUCUACAACAUUUAGUCCACAAAAUAGCAUGUGUAAGGCUGCACCAAGUCCUGGUGGAGGUAAUGGUGACACAUUACCCACCAACAGGCCCAUUUACAUGCAUCUUUCUACAAAAUGUUGCAUUGUGAACUAUAGUGAUUCAUCAACUUGUCUUGAGCCCAUAACUGUGUAUCAUGAAUCUACCAUUCAUCGAGUAUCAGAAAUACACUUUAGGGAUGAACCUGAAACAGGCAGUACUCAAUCUAAAGAUGAUGCUGGUGUAUGCUCUGCUGAUGGUACUGCAUCAAAGGGCAAAAAGGUUGAGGCAGCAUCACCUGCUCCUCCCUCUGAGGAAGACGCUUCUUGUCAAAGCUCUACAGAUUCUGUAUGUGGGGGAGAAGGAGAAGCAAAGGAAAAACCAUCAGCCACUUGUGAAGGAGAUGCUGGUAUCCAGGACUCUGAAAAGAUUGAUGAAAGCUGCCCAAUCUACUCUAUAAUGCGUAAAGAUGAGAGCUCAGAGGGGAAGACAACAGAUCAAGAUGAAUCUUGCCCUGUAGAAGAAAGUUCUUCACAAACAGCAGAAGAGAAGACAGGAGAAACGGAUGACACUUGCCCUGGAGAAGAAAAAACAGGAGCAGCUGCAGCACAGAAGAAGGCAUCUGAGGAAGGUGAGUCUUGCCCUCUGGAAGAACUUUCAAAAACAGAAGAGGCUGCAGCAGAGGAGUCUUGCCCUGUAGAAGAAAUUUCUUCAAAAACAGAAGAGGCUGCAAAGACUGAAGAGACGAAGAAAACUGAGGAAGAUGAGUCAUGCCCUAGAGAAGAAAAUGUUUCUGAGGCGAAUGAGCAGGAGUUGCCUACAAUUGUUGACAAAGGCUUCAAAAGGGUAAACUGUAGAAUUGAUGCGUUGGGGAGCAAGAUGGAUGGUCUGAUAGACAGCAUUAAAUCACUUGCUGAUGUUAUGAACAAAGAGGAUGAGAAACAAACCCGGGGAGAACAAGAGCCAAAACAAAAAUCACCACAAGCAUCACCAGAAUCGAAAUCACCAACAGCACCGUCUCCAAGAGCAACAACCCCAGAAGAGGCGACACCUGCAACAAAGUCGGCAGAAGAAGGGGAGGCAGAAACAAAAGCAGAAUAAAUGAUGGAA